CCUCAGUUCCCCCUCCAGUGCCCUCAGUCCACCUAGUGCCUCCCCAGUCUUCCCUCUGUCAUCCCCUCCACUUGAGGACCCCUCAUCCCUCAGUCUCCCUCUUUCGCCUUCCCCUCCCAGCGUCCGCGUCUCCCCUUCCCUCGCCCCAUCCCUCCGCAGACCCCCUUUGCUGUCUGUCUCAUUUUUCUCAACCUCAAGUUCUCCAGUCUCAGGCCCUCGGACAACCCCUCCCUCCAGGUCCCCACCACGCCCAGGCGUCCCGCCCACUGGGCUCCCAGCCUCAGUUUCCUUCCCUUCCUGACUCCUUCCUCCGCGGGCGGCCCUUCCUCGAGGGCGGAUGUGCGCCGGGAAGGCGAAGGUGGCGGCUGGCAGAGAGGAUCCCGGCUCGGCCCCGCGGCCCUCGGGCCACGGCCAUGCGACGCCUGGGACGAGUCCUCGGUUGGCCCCCCGGGACACAGGAGUUCUGGAGCCCUAGGACUAUGGAUGCUCUCAAUAGGAACCAGGUAGGCCCUGGAUGCAAGACCCAGGCCACGAUGCAGAAAGGUCCCUUGGACCUGAUUGAGACAGGCAAAGGGCUGAAAGUGCAAACGGACAAACCCCAUCUGGUUAGCCUGGGCAGUGGGCGGCUCAGCACGGCUAUCACACUCCUGCCGUUGGAGGAAGGGAGAACGGUGAUUGGCUCUGCAGCCAGGGACAUCUCACUGCAGGGUCCAGGCCUGGCUCCAGAGCACUGCUACAUCGAGAACCUACGGGGCACCCUCACCCUCUACCCUUGUGGCAAUGUCUGCACUAUUGAUGGGCUCCCUAUCCGGCAGCCCACCCGGCUCACUCAGGGCUGCAUGUUGUGCCUGGGUCAGUCCACCUUCCUCCGGUUUAACCACCCGGCUGAAGCCAAGUGGAUGAAGAGCAUGAUUCCAGCAGGAGGCCGGGCCCCUGGGCCCCCCUACAGCUCUGGCCCUGCAGAAUCAGAAAGUCUGGUGAAUGGGAACCACACCCCACAGCCUGCAACCCGGGGACCUUCGGCCUGUGCCAGCCACAGUUCCCUUGUGAGCUCUAUUGAGAAGGACUUACAGGAAAUCAUGGACUCACUGGUGCUAGAGGACCCUGGAGCUGCUGGCAAGAAGCCUGCUGCAUCCUCUCCACUGUCACCGAUGGCUAAUGGUGGGCGCUACCUGCUGUCCCCCCCAACCAGUCCUGGUGCCAUGUCUAUGGGCUCCAGCUAUGAAAACACCUCUCCAGCCUUCUCUCCACUUUCCUCACCAGCCAGUAGUGGGAGCUGUGCUAGCCACUCACCCAGCGGGCAGGAGCCAGGACCUUCCAUGCCCCCACUGGUGCCUGCCCGUUCCUCCAGCUACCAUCUGGCCCUGCAACCUUCACAGUCCCGCACGAGUGGUGCCCGCUCCUCUGAGAGCCCUCGGCUGGGCAGGAAAGGGGGUCAUGAGAGACCUCCCAGCCCUGGUCUCCGGGGUCUGCUGACAGACAGCCCUGCAGCCACUGUCUUGGCGGAGGCCCGCAGAGCCACUGAUAGCCCCCGGCUGGGUGGGCAGCUGCCCGUGGUGGCUGUCAGCCUGAGUGAAUACCCAGGUUCUGGUGCCCGCAGCCAGCCUACCAACAUUCCUGGUAGCCCCAAGUUCCAGCCUCCAGUCCCAGCUCCCCGCAACAAGAUUGGAACACUCCAGGACCGCCCUCCCAGCCCUUUCCGUGAACCUCCAGGCACCGAGCGAGCAUUGACUACCAGCCCCUCACGCCAACUAGUGGGCCGAACAUUUUCAGAUGGGUUAGCCAUCCGCACCUUGCAGCCUCCUGAGAGUCCCCGCCUGGGCCGGCGGGGCCUGGACAGUAUGCGAGAACUCCCUCCUUUGAGCCCAUCUCUGUCCCGACGAGCUCUUUCCCCAGUGCCCACUCGGACUACUCCAGAUCCCAAGCUAACCAGGGAAGUGGCAGAGAGUCCUAGGCCCCAACGUUGGGCAGCCCAUGGGGCUUCACCAGAGGACUUCUCCCUAACACUGGGAGCGCGGGGCCGUAGGACACGGAGCCCCUCACCCACACUGGGGGAGUCCCUGGCACCUCGCAAGGGCAGCUUCAGUGGCAGGCUGAGCCCAGCCUACAGCCUGGGCUCUCUUACUGGGGCUUCGCCCCGCCAGAGCCCCCGUGCCCAGAGGAAGCUCUCCAGUGGGGACUUGAGGGUGCCUGUCACACGAGAGCGGAAAAAUAGCAUCACGGAGAUCAGUGACAACGAGGACGACCUCCUGGAGUACCACCGGCGGCAACGCCAGGAGCGGCUCCGGGAGCAGGAGAUGGAGAGGCUGGAACGCCAGCGCCUAGAGACCAUUCUGAACCUGUGUGCCGAGUACAGCCGGGCUGACGGGGGACCUGAGGCCGGGGAGCUGCCCAGCAUUGGGGAGGCCACUGCAGCAUUGGCACUGGCAGGCAGGAGGCCCUCACGAAGCUUUGGAGCUUCUGGGAGAAGCAGUGAGGAGACUGGAGGUGCCGCCCAACGCCUGUGGGAGAGCAUGGAACGCUCAGAUGAGGAAAAUCUCAAGGAGGAGUGCAGCAGCACCGAGAGCACCCAGCAAGAGCAUGAAGAUGCACCUAGCAGCAAGCUCCAGGGAGAGGUGCUAGCCCUGGAAGAGGAGCGGGCUCAGGUGCUGGGGCGCGUGGAGCAGCUCAAGGUCCGUGUGAAGGAGCUGGAGCAGCAGCUGCAGGAGUCAGCCCGAGAGGCUGAAAUGGAGCGGGCGCUGCUGCAGGGGGAGAGAGAAGCAGAGCGGGUGCUGCUGCAGAAGGAGCAGAAGGCAGUGGACCAGCUGCAGGAGAAGCUGGUGGCCUUGGAGACGGGCAUUCAGAAGGAGAGGGACAAGGAGGCAGAGACCCUGGAGACUGAGACAAAGCUCUUUGAGGACUUGGAGUUCCAGCAGCUGGAGCGGGAGAGCCGUGUGGAGGAGGAACGGGAGCUGGCGGGCCAGGGGCUGCUCCGGAGCAAAGCUGAGCUGCUCCGCAGCAUUGCCAAGAGGAAGGAGCGCCUGGCCAUCCUGGACAGUCAGGCUGGGCAAAUCCGGGCCCAGGCCGUGCAAGAGUCGGAGCGCCUGGCCCGGGACAAGAAUGCCUCCCUGCAGCUCCUGCAGAAGGAGAAGGAGAAACUGACUAUGCUGGAGAGGAGAUACCACUCACUCACAGGGGGCAGGCCUUUCCCGAAGACCACAUCGACCCUCAAAGAGGCUGAGCUGCUCAUCUCUGAGUCCUCAGAAAUGGGGCUGGGGACAAAGGCUCUGGGCCCGUUGCCAGGGUCCUCUCAGGCUGGGGCGUCCUCUGUCCCUUUAACCCCACCUGCUUCCACUUCACUGUGCUGCAAAGCACAAGAGGAGUAUGUGAGCCUGGCAGAGGUUUUCCAGCUGUGCUCCCUCUUGGACCCCUAUGCUUCUGCCACCUCCCCCAGCGUGCUCGCCCAGUCCCUGCCUGACAGUGAGUACGUGACACUUGAGCAGCUAAAGGUGAUGUGGGGCAUCUUGCCCAUGCCCCCAGCCCCUGUACCAGGCCUGCCUCCCUGGGCCUCUGCCUCCCGGGACCUGGUUCCCACCACCCGCCUUCCUCCUGAGCUACCCUCCUCCUCCUCCUUCGCUUCCAUCAUGCCUUCAUCCAAGAUGGAGAAGCUGCUGCUCCCUGCUGUAGACUUAGAGCAGUGGUACCAGGAGCUGAUGGCCGGGCUGGGGACUGGCCUUGCUGCAGCCUCUCCUUGUUCCUCCCCCCCGCCUCUGCCUGCCAAAGCCUCCCGUCAGCUGCAGGUUUACCGCUCCAAGAUGGAUGGCGAGGCCACCAGCCCCCUGCCCCGGACCCACAGCGGCCCCCUCCCCUCUUCCUCUGGUUCUUCCUCUUCCUCCUCCCAGCUCAGUGUGGCUACCCUGGGCCGUAGCCCCUCUCCAAAGAGUGCUCUACUCACCCAGAAUGGCACGGGCAGCCUCCCUCGCAACCUGGCAGCCACGCUGCAGGACAUUGAGACCAAGCGCCAACUAGCUCUGCAGCAGAAGGUCGAGUUGCUUCCUGCCGAGCCCCUCCCAACCAACGACCCAGCAGGACAGCAGGUGAUUGAGGAGCAACGGCGGCGACUGGCUGAGCUGAAGCAGAAAGCAGCAGCCGAGGCGCAGUGCCAGUGGGAUGCCCUGCACGGGGCAGCGCCCUUCCCACCGGGCCCCUCGGGCUUCCCCCCACUCAUGCACCACUCCAUCCUGCACCAUCUGCCGGCUGGGCGGGAGCGUGGGGAGGAGGGUGAGCAUGCCUACGAUACGCUGAGCCUGGAGAGCUCCGACAGCAUGGAGACCAGCAUCUCCACGGGGGGCAACUCAGCCUGCUCCCCCGACAACAUGUCCAGUGCAAGUGGUCUGGACAUGGGGAAGAUUGAGGAGAUGGAGAAGAUGCUGAAAGAGGCUCAUGCAGAGAAGAGCCGGCUCAUGGAGUCAAGGGAGCGGGAGAUGGAGCUGCGGCGGCAGGCCCUGGAGGAGGAGCGGCGGAGGCGGGAGCAGGUAGAACGGAGACUGCAGAGCGAGAGUGCCCGGCGACAGCAGCUGGUGGAGAAGGAGGUCAAGAUGCGGGAGAAACAGUUUUCCCAGGCACGACCCCUCACCCGCUACCUGCCAAUCCGGAAGGAGGACUUUGACCUCAAGACCCAUAUUGAGUCAUCAGGCCACGGGGUUGAUACUUGCCUGCAUGUGGUGCUCAGCAGCAAGGUCUGCCGUGGCUACUUGGUCAAGAUGGGAGGCAAGAUUAAAUCAUGGAAGAAGCGCUGGUUUGUCUUCGACCGGCUCAAGCGCACCCUUUCCUAUUAUGUGGACAAGCAUGAGACGAAGCUAAAGGGAGUCAUCUAUUUCCAGGCCAUCGAGGAAGUGUACUAUGACCACCUGCGCAGUGCAGCUAAGAGCCCAAACCCAGCCCUCACCUUCUGCGUGAAGACCCAUGACCGGCUGUACUACAUGGUGGCCCCAUCUGCAGAGGCCAUGCGCAUCUGGAUGGAUGUCAUUGUCACAGGGGCUGAGGGCUACACUCAGUUCAUGAACUGACCAUCAGGGGCCUCCUCUUGGGCCAAACCCAUGCCAGGCCCCCUGCCACUCUGCUCGCCCCUGGAGACAGAGUUGCACACUGGGCCUCAGGCCGCAGGGGAGCAGGGCAUGGCAGAGAACGACUGGGGCUUUUGUACAAGAAGACUUAGUAAUAUUCUGUAAGGAGCUUGGUCCUAUGAGUUUCUGGGUUCUGGUCCCCUAAAGAACCUGCCAGAAGAUGAAAGGUGGGGAGGGGGCUUUGCUGCCUCCUGGGAGCCCAGAACUUGCAAUAACUCUUCAAGGUCCUGCCUCGGUCCUGGUCAGGGCUGAGGUGCGUCACAGGGAGGGCCUCUCAGCUCUGACCUGGCACCUACUCUCCCUAGCCCAUUUUCUCUUUUGUAAAGGAUGAAUUAUGGUACCAGAAUCUGCCAAAGAUCCCCUCUUGCUUCAGCCCCCUUUGCAGGGGCCUUGGGUAACAACAUCCAGGGUGGGGUAACAACAGCUCAGGCAGCGUACUUCUCAAACCCCGCUCUGCCCCAUGGUUCUCCUUGUUUAUGCUUUUUAUUUUGCUCAGGGGCUGGAGACCUCGAGCAUCGUCCUUGAGGACCCAGCCCCAUGCCUCUAUUGUAGACCCAUCACCAUGGUCACCACAGUGACUGCUUCAUUGCCAUGGUUACAGACUAAUUGCCAUGGCUCCAAGACUCAGCCUACUGCUUCAGUUGUGGGCUAUCUGAGGGUACGUGCCAUCAUCUCUCCAGCCCAGGCCCCUGGGCAUCUCACACUGGGAGGAAGGGACUGAACACCUUCUCCCUGCCCCCAGCCUGUAUCUCUGGGCCUGCCCACCCCCGAGUACAGCCCUCUCCCUUCCACUUGUGCCUUGCUUAGAGCCAGAAGGGAUGAAGCCAGGGGAUCUAGAGACCAGAGACCAGAGGACAAGUGAUAUGGAUAAGAGAGGACACUAGAAGGGCUGUCCUCAGGGUUCUGUACAAGGUUGAGUUUCUGACAGGGAAAGAGGGCUGCUCAGAUGCUUCCAGAGGGAAAGGCUGAGCCAGAGAGGAAGCAGCAGUGAGGGAAGGCCCUGAGGUGCGGCCCUCUCCCUCCCUUCCUCCGGCCUCAGAAGGGUGAUGGAAAUGGAGAGUGGAGGAACAGGCCCCCAGCUGCCGGGCCUCAACACUUCACGCCUUAACACUAAGCCCACCUCCCCCGCCCCCCUUCCCAGCACUGGGCCCAUGGUUGCCUGUGCCGGGGCUGGGUGUUUUUCAGUAUUUGUAAGCAUUUCAGCAGAACAAUAAAGCAUUUGGACUAUGUAA